AUGCGGCGUCUCUCUCGGGGCGUGGGCCUCACUGCGAGUGCGCUGCUGGCGGUGGGUUGCCUGCUGCUCCUUCGCCGCACCGCGAGCUGCCCGCGGCGUCCGGCACCCAGCGCGACGCUGCACGACCUCUGCCACCGCACGCGAGCAAAUGCCGGCAGGCUGCAGCGCUUCCUGCAGUGGCUCCGCGGCGCCGCGUGCGCCGACUCCGUCGUGGUGCUCCGCACCGCCAACCCGCACGACGCGGCGCUGUACCACUCCCUCCUGCUCCCGCUGCAGAAGCAGCUGAAGCCCUCCUUUGCGCUCGUGACGGAGACGGUGGCGGAGCUCGACGAGGUGCUUCUCAUUGAGCUUCGCACAGCUGAGUUUCACAGGGAAUACACGCGGGCGGCCACGGCGGUGUCGGCGUCCCCCUCCUCCUCCGCCGCCGCCGCAGCCGCAAGCGCCCCGCAGCCGUCCUUGGAGUUGCCGACGUGCUCUUUAGCCGCGGCCGCCGCCGUUGUCUCGAGCUGCAAGGCGCAGGAGUGCCUGGUGCUUUGCCGCGUUCCACUUCCGGACUUGCGCGUCUAUCGCGACCUUCCCGCUUACAUCUCCCGCCUUCUCGCGGCUCACGUGGGCAACCGGCGCCUGUUUCCUUCGUACGCGGAGGAGCUGUUGUUUUACCUCCCCCUCAUGGAGGAACGUAGCCGGUGCCAGCCCCAGCACCACCACCAGCACCACCACCUGCGCCACCACCAGCAGCAGCUGCAGCCGAGCUAUGAGCCGGCCAAAACGACUCUGACGACGACGCCGUCAUUGGCAGCUGCUUCUACGCAGCGAGGGCAUAAAAGCGUUUUUUCCGAUCCGGAGGCGCUGAUGUCGAUGGAGCGCGCGGGCUCGGUAAACCCCUCCCUGUCGUCUGGGAGGGCGGGCGAGGACGCUAGCGUUGCGCUGCUUGGCGACGUCAUCGACGUCAAUGCCGCGAUGUUUUCCAACUCGUGGCUGGUGGAGGAUGGCGACGGGGAGGCCGCUGCCGCCGACGACGCGGGCUCGUUGACAUCCCAGGGCGAAGAUCAAUUUAUCUACGACGCCAUCCACGAGGCGUUUUUUCAUGUGGUGCUUCAAACGCCACUCGCCCGCCCCGACUUCUUCGCCGCUGACACGCUGAAGAUGCAUGCAUUCAGCGUGUGGCGUGCGAGCCGUCGUUCGCGGCGAGCGACGGCGGAGUUGUACGUCUUGGACGUCGCGGCGGCGAAGGGCGACGCCGUGAUAAGUUUCGCCCGUGUCGUGGAUGAAGUGGUGGCGCAGGCGGUUCUUGUGCACCACUGCGGGUCGCUGGUGGAGUUCGUCGAGGCCCUCUUUGCACGCUUUGCGCUGCGCUACACGCCUGUCACCCCGGCGCUGCGCGAGGCGGUCGAGCGGCGCCACUUGGACGACGAUGGCAAGCGCGACGCCCCACCGGCCGCUGGCACGUGCGCGCGCGUGCGGAGCGCCGAGAACGGGGUGGACGGCUGCGAGGAGGAGGACAUCCAUGACGUGCUGCGCGAGCUUUACUACGCGCGGGAGUUUGUCCUGGAGCACCGCAUCACGUUCUGCAACGCCAUGCUCACCACGCAGGGGUCGAACCAGCUGGAGGAGGUCUUUGGUGUGCCCGCGACGGUCUUUCCCUUCCUGCCCUGCGCCCGCGAGAGUGUGGCGUUCGUGACGCACGCCUAUGAGUGCAUCGUCGCAGAGUACGGUCCGCUGGACUUCCACAACUUUACCAAGUACGCACAUGACGUGUUUGUGCGGGACCGGCCCGAGAUUGUGCGACACGCCCCGCGCAUCUUUCGCAUGCUUAACAAGACACGCUCCGGCGUCAUCUCCUUCGAGGAACUCUGCUGUUGGAUGGCGCGGAAACUUUCGUCCGGCACAAGGCUGCGGCCCGACUCCCACCUCAUAGCCAUCGCGAUGUCGCUGCGCCUCCCGCUGGCGCUGGUGCUCAACAGGCGGCAGCAGUGGUCCCGCAUGGAGUGUGCGUUGGCGUCGCUGUCGGACGCCGAUGCGGACGGCUACUGA